AUGGCAAAGGCAGCCAAUGCAGCAGUUAGGGAGAGCCGACGACGGUCGAACCCCCUCGACCUUGAGCGCAUGAAUAUCAUGAAGGCGCUCACAGCAGCUGAAUACUCCCGCCGCCAGUUCAUUCUCAAUUUUGCUGCCAGCAAAGACACGACCCUUUUGAUUCCUGGGCAAAAGUCAGCAGCUGUCAAGGCCGCUGAGGACUGGGUUACCAACUGGCUUGCCCAGAAUGGGUAUGAUGCGAGCGCCGUCAGUAGCGACUUCUUCAAAUACACUGUUGACGCUAGGUUAUGGAGCAAACACGUUGGCGAUGAUGUUCCAUUUCCCUUCGCCUUCAUGCGAAAGAUGUCCGAGUCUUCCACCGUCACUGGCGAUAGUGAACUUGGUCGACCGAAAAGCGCAUGUUACGGAACCGAGCAGCAAUCUCCUCAAGUUAUGCCCAUGGCAUCCCCAACAACCGAAAUAUCAGGCUCCAUGGUCACACAGCAGCCUUCGAAAAAAGCAUCAGACUCUUCACGCCGACAGUCGCUGCCUGCACCCUUCACACUGCCAGUUUACAGCAGACGUCGCUCCAUCAAGGACACAAACAACGACUCCGUGGAUCCGUUAAUGAUGCCAGAGAAGGAUAAAACUCGAAGUCUUUCUAUGAACGAUAUGGAGGACCUCAAGCAGUCAGCAAAACCCAUUGCGCAAGACAAGGUGCCCUUCUUCUCGCGCCUGGGCCGUUCUUUGUCUCGCCGCAUGUCCAUCACUGCAAAGGGAUGA